UCAGUCAUGCCGUUGCGCAUCGACGAAUCCAAUCUAGAGAAAGCAGGCCAGCGCGCUCGCCCGAGCAUCGCGCGGUUCCGCGAAGAAGACGGCGGCGGCUUCCUCGCCGGUAUCGAGAUUGGUCACCAGCUGCAUUGCCUGGACCUUCUUCGAAGGCAGACCUACAUCGAGCAUUACGGUCCCAUGGAUGACAACUACGUGUUGCGCCCGGCAUUCUACCGCGUCCACAUCGACCACUGCAUCGAGAUGCUUCGUCAAGUGCUCAUGUGCAACGCCGACGUCGGGCUCAUCACCUUCGACUGGGUCGCGGGCUUCGACGUGCCCUUCCCGAACUUCAGCACGCUGCACAAGUGCCGCGAUGUCGAGAAGGUGUACGAGUGGUAUGACGAGCAUGCGAUCGACUUGCCCAUGAACCACUUGGUCAGAGUCGGGGAUGUCGUUGAUUUGGACGCGGAUGAUGCAGGGGCGGGACUAAUUAGGCACCACGGUUAG